UCUUUCGUAUCCAACGUAUCCACGAAAAAAAAAAAAUUGUUUUUAUUACGUGUACAUUCACAUAUAUGUACAUUAAACGUUAAACGUUAAGUAUUACGUGAAUGUAUGAUUUUUUACUCAUAAAUAAAAAAAUGUCACGCGUUCGAUAGAUUAUGUAGAUAUAAUUUUUUCGAUAAAACGUUACCGGCAAUUACCGGCGUUUUAUUCAAUUGACGAAAGUUUAUAGUUUUGACAAACUAUGAAGAGAGUGAUACUUUUUGUGAACGGCACUGAUGUUAAUGGCAAGGUAUUUAUGAUUACGCAUUCUUUAGACGAAUUAUUGUUUGCUGCUAGUACAAAGUUUGAAAUCAAUGCUAAAAGAAUUUUUACUCCCCAAGGUGGAGAAAUUGAUGAUAUUAAGUUGAUUAGAGAUGAUGAUAUAUUAUAUGUUUCAAGUGGAGAAGAUUUCAUUUCUAAAAAUAAAGUUGCUAACGAUGAUCAAAUCAAUGAAAAUUCAGAAUGGAUUACAUUGAAUGUUGGAGGAAAAUAUUUUACUACUACAAGAAGUACAUUAACAAAAAAUGAACCAAUGAGUAUGCUAGCCAGAAUGUUUACAAGAACACAAAAGUCUGAUUGUAUGUUAAAGCCAAGUCUAAAAGAUCCCAAUGGUGCCUUCUUAAUCGAUAGAAGUCCUAUAUACUUUGAACCAUUAUUGAAUUUCUUAAGACAUAAUCUAAUGAUAUUAGAUUCUAAUGUUAAUGUAAAUGGUGUGCUUGCAGAGGCUCAUUAUUAUGGGAUGGAAAAUGCUAUAUGUGUUCUUACAAAAAUGGCCAAUGAAAAAAAUUCACCAACAGAUGGUCUAAUAACUUUAAGUCGCAAACAUGUUGUGAAAGCAAUCAUGUCCACAUCGCCAACUUCUGAACUCAGAUUCCAAGGUGUCAAUUUUUCAGGUGCUGAUCUUUCUAAGUUGGAUCUUAGGAACAUUAAUUUUAAGUAUGCUGUUAUGGAUUCUUGUAAUCUAGCAGGUGCUAACUUAUCAGGAUGUUGUUUUGAACGAGCUAAUUUAUCUCAUGCCAACUUCCAAGGUGCACAACUUUCAUGUGUAAGAAUGCCAUGCGCCAAUCUGGCUUCUGCAAAUUUACGUUCAUGUAACUUUGAAGAUCCUAAUGGUUCACCUGCAAAUAUGGAGGGUGCAGAUUUUCGAGAUGCUAAUUUUGAAGGAAGUAAUAUGCCAGCAGUAAACUUGAGGGUGGCCACAUUAAAGAAUGCUAUUUUACGAAAUUGUGAUUUAAGAUCAGCUGUAUUGGCUGGUGCAAAUUUAGAGCGUUGUGACUUAUCAGGCUCAGACUUACAAGAAGCCAAUUUACGUGGAGCAAAUUUGAAAGAUGCCACGUUUGAAUUAAUGCUUACACCCUUACAUAUGUCUCAAACCAUUCGGUAACAAUAAAAGAAAUACUAAUUCUUA